UGCUGAAGAAAAGGACGCGAGAGAGAAUAAAAUAAUGGAUUCCAGUGGGCAUCAUGAUCCAACCCAGAAUACGUUGUCUGCGCUGAGCUCAGCGUCCCGCAAGCGUUCUCGCGAGAAUGAAACCCCCAGUCAACGGCACAAACGCGAGAAAGCUGCAGAGAGACAACGGCGCAAGCGAGAGCGGGAUCGCAACGCCAAUAACAUGAACGCCAUCAUGGCCUUCGCCCAGCCAAGUGAUCCCCAACAGCCUCCUCCUCAGCACCAGCAGCCACCGCCACCUCCAGCCUUCACUGGGCAAGAACUAACGCCUGAGGAGAUGGCGAGGCGAGAAAGGGUCCGAGCGGCUGCUCGAGAUCGGCAAAGAAAACACCGACAACUUGUGAAACAACGCAAGAUGAGAGAGCUUGGACUGGAAAUGGGCAGCGAGAUGAUGGCAGGAAUGGAAGAUGUCCAUUAUAGAGUCAACAGCGACGGCCAGUACCAAGCGGUUCUUCCUCACGAGCUUCAUCAGCAUGCCAUGAACCCACAGGAGCCUCCAUUUCCUCAAGGUCAGCCACUCGGUGGCCAGACGUUUGCAUCGACCCUCUUACUGUCUUUUUCGUGCGCGCCAUUGUUGAAACAACAUCUACUACGGACACUCCAGAUGACUAAUGAGGAGCUGACUUCACUGGAGCCUAUAAUUGCUGAAGCUUGGGACCACUGGGAUCACCAGCGUCGAAUGCACUAUGCUCAACAAGCCGCAAACGCUGUAAAAGUGGCAGAAGGUGCCAUGCCGGGACCAUCCGCUCCUCCCUAUCCGACUGUCGAUUUGAACGAUCCUUCUGCAAAUGCAUAUGCCACGGACCCUUCACAGCAACCACAUCCCAGCGAUUUUCGCGCACGGUUUCAUCGAUCCAUAAUUGCACCUUCUCCUUUCCGUCCGUAUCCUACUGAACCACAAGCACCAGCACCCACAUCGACACCCACGUCCACCACAGGAUCCGGUCCACCUUCCGACCCUAUUGACCCUCACUUGACCAAUGCUGUGGUUGGGCCCGGUGAUUCCCGGCAGAAAGCACCUUCGUCGAGCCUGGAUCCGGAUCUUGGACAAGCAAGAGGCGAGGCAGAGGGGGUGGUCGGCAGACUGGAGAGAGGUUAAAGCAUCAAGCUGUUCAAAGUUCAACGCUGUAUACUAUUUUCUUUCCCCCUGAACUUGCAGUGUCGAUGACUCUUUGGACCACCAUUUCUCUACAUAAUCAUGUCCUACAUCCCAUGUAAUUGCGCCCGGAUAAAUGCAUUGAAUGCAGAAAAUCGGCGUGAGAUGCGUUGCGCACAGUAAAGCAAGACAGAAGACCAUUCAUU